AUGAAACUGAAAGAUUCAUUUUGUUGUCGAUCAGGUGGAGAAGACGCAACAUAAAAAAGUUGGAUCUGUUCAGAAAAACACUUGAGGUCAACUAACUGUGAGUCGAUACCAGGAAACUUUGUGUAUUUUAUUAUUUAAAACCGACAAUCUAAAGUUUCCAGGAUUUGAAAAUGGCUGAGAAAAUCACGCUUUUUGAAAACUUCCUGAGCUGCCAUGUGUGUUCAGAGACUUUCAGAGAUCCUGUGUCUCUGAGCUGCAACCACAACUUCUGUUCAAGCUGCCUGCAGAAAUUCUGGGAACAAGCUGGAAACAAAAACUGUCCCAUUUGUAAAAGAAAAUCAUCAAAAGAAGAUCCAACCAUUAACUUCUCUCUGAAACAACUAGCGGACUCGUUUGCUAAAAGGCAAAGUGACACUUCCGCUGAGAUGGAAAAAGAGGAGAAGAAGAAGGAGGUGGUGUGUGAUAAACAUCCAGAAGUUCCUUAUUGGUUCUGUGAGGACGAGCAGAGAGCUGUGUGUCCUGUCUGUGAGUUUUCUCUCCACCACAAUCACAAAGUGGUUCCUAUAGAACAAGCAGUCAGUGGCCUGAAGGAGCAGCUGAAAUCUGACUUAAAGUCUCUGCAGGACAAGAGGAACACAUACAAGCAAGUGGAGGAAACAUACAAUGAUGUGAUUCAACACACCAAGAAGCAGCUCUUGUCCACAGAGAAGCAGAUCAGAGCAGAGUUCAACAAGCUGCAGCAGUUCCUGAAAGAGGAAGAGGAGUCCAGACUGGCAGCUCUGAGGGAGGAAGAGGAGCAGAAGAGGAAGACUAUCAGCAGAGAGAUGGAGAAGAUUAAGGAUCACAUCUCCUCUCUGUCAGACAGUAUCUGUGCUGUUGAAGAAGACCUGCAGAAAGACAGCGUGCCAUUCCUCAGCAGUUAUACAGCCAUUCAGAGCAGAAGCAGAACCCACUGCUCUCUGUCAGAUCCACAGCUGGUCUCAGGAGCCCUGAUAGAUGUGGCCAAACACCUGGGCAACCUGUCCUUCAGAGUCUGGGAGAAGAUGAAGGAGAAGGUCCACUUCAGUCCUGUCAUUCUGGACCCAAACAGUGCAAACCCGUGGCUCUAUCUGUCUGAUGAUCUGACCAGUGUGAAGACUGGAGACACAAAGCAGCAGCUUCCUGAUAAUCCAGAGAGAAACACAAAGUACUGUGUUGUUUUUGGCUCUGAGGGCUUCAGCUCAGGGAAACACAGCUGGGAGGUGGAGGUGGGAGAUCAUCCUGACUGGGACAUUGGUUUGGUUAAAGAGUCUGUUGACAGGAAGGGAGAGUCAGAAGCAUUACCAGAAUAUGGAUUCUGGUGUUUUUCUCAGCGUGAUGGAAAAUACAUUGAUGUUAAUGGUGAGCAUGUCAUGAUGAAGAAGAGUCUCCAGAGGAUCAGAGUCCAGCUGGACUAUGACAAGGGGGAGGUGUCCUUCUACAGUCCUGAAGACAUGACUCACAUCUGCACUCACAGAGACACUUUCACUGAGAAACUCUUCCCUUAUUUCUAUGUUGGAGAAGCUGCUGAUGCCAAAACUUCUGUUAUCUACAUCUGUAAAAUUUAAAAUCUGUUGAGUUCUUAGUGAUUUUUUUACAGUCUGUUUCAAGUAGAAUUAGUUUAUAAAGUCAACGUGAACAAAGACGUCGACACUGCCUGGUGAGCAUAACAUAAAAGUCAGCACCUGUUUUUAUCCAAACAAAUCAUUAAGAUCCUCCUGAUGACAAAUUACUGGUGAUUAAUUUGUUUCAGCUGACAGGUUUCUCAUUCCUUAAACGUCCAUGUUAGACUUCAUCCUGUUGUGAAAACGAUGUUACUCCGUUUCAGAGCUGUUUUUCUUCUUUAAUAUAUUCAGUUUGUCUCUUAAGCACAACAAAGCUAAAUUACACAUAUAGUUAAAAUGAAAAUAAAUUUAAAGAUAAUGUUUGAGAAAUAAAACUACUUAAUGUGAACUAAAUUAUCUACAGAAAAGUCUAAUUUGAUCAUCUUCACUUUGAAAUGGAUGAUUUAUGUAAAUAGAUAUUUCUUCACUGAAAUCUUGACUUGUUUUUAUUAAUAAACAUGAUAAAACUGAGGGUUCUGUUUGGUGUGUGGGAAUAAAAAGAGACAUAAAAAUGU